AUGGGCGGUGCCCUUGCAAUGGUGGUAACUAUAACAGUUUAUGAAGUCAAGACGAUUCCACUUUUAUGUGCAUUAGAAAAUGAUCGUAAAGAUUCAGUGAAUGUAUUUCUGUCAGCAGAAGUCAUAGACAGAGUUGAUAAGGACAACAAGUCUCAACUACAUUAUGCAACUGAGUAUGGUCAUACUGAAUCAGUUGAGACAUUGUUAUCAGCAGGGGCUAAAGUAGACAUAGUUGAUAAGGACAACAAGACUCCACUUCAAUAUGCAGUAGAGAAAGGUGAUAAUAAAUCAGUUGAGGCAUUGCUAUCAGCAGGGGCAAAUGUAGAAGUAGUUGAUAAGGAGGGAGAGAAUGCUCUCAACAUGGUACUUCAGUAUCCAAAAACCAUGCGUCGUUUUGACAACGUAAACAAAAGUUCUGCACUGAAUGUCAUGAAGUUGCUUUUAGAUAAGAAUAUAUCUUUGGACAACGUUGAUCGUCGCGGUAAGACACCAUUACAGUAUAUUGAUUCCAACAUAGGGUCUGCUGGUACGAUAACCAAUUUCUAUAAAGAAGCUAAACUAUUACUACUAAAAGCAAUACAGCAACGAGAAAACAGUGAACUGAUGGCACAGGAAGGGGAUAAAGUUGAUACCACAAAGAUAUAUUUCUGUGGCCAUGGUGGUGUUGGAAAAACAACACUCAAGGAAACACUAAAGAAGGUAAGGUUGUAUACCCUGACAUGA